AGUUUAUAUUUGUGCUACAGUUUAUUUUGAAAGUAAUAACCGGUACACACAUGUCGUGCUGGCUCACUUGACCCUGGUGUAGAGGCUAACCAGUCAGACGGCUCGUUCAGCGCUGUCUAGUCUAGCCUGUCAACAACACGGCAACCUGAGACGGGAUAGCCAGCCAGUUGGCUAGCUAACUAGACCAGCUAAGUUAGCUACCCUGCUAGCCGCUGUAUUAACCAACUGUCGCGACUUGUAAUUGUUCUGCGAAGUUGGGUAGAUAUAUUGUAUUUGAAGUUGUUUCGAAAAGAGACGAGGAAGAACUGUCUUUCCCGUUUGGCUCCUUCAACUCCUGUGUGAUAUGACAUCGCUGCCAGAUUACAACAGAAGCCAGAGCUCUACAGCAGACGGUUGACAUCUGGCCAGGUGCUGUUGAAGAGGAUGGCUGCUCAGGUGGAGGUUCAGACUGGGGAGGUAGGGAGGACAGUGGUAGGAGGACGGCUUCACCUGAGUCCCCUGACUGACUCCAGCAAUAAGAGCCUCAUCGAGAUCCCUUCCAUCAACCAGUCCCAUAUCAUCACAGAACCUAACAAACCUGCCCCAAGCCCCAAGCCACGGCUCACUCCCAAACCUUUUGCUGUGGAGAAAAACCCCACUAUUAAGCCCAUACUUGCCCCUAAGCCCCAAAACAAGCCCCGACCAGAGUCCACUCGCCUUGCUGGAUACAAACCAGAGUUUCCAUGCAGUCCGAAACCACAGCAACCAGUUACCGCUGGCAAUCCCAGGCCGGUGUCAACCAACCCCAACCGUCCUGCCCCAACCUCCUUUAAAACAUCUAAUAAGAUGAACACUGGACAAACAACCAUGCCAGUAGUCCAGCCAUUUAAACCAGCCCCUCCUCCUCCCCACCCCGGAGACCGCAGGAAACCCACUCCUCCUGUUCCAGCAGAGAGGCAGAAACCUGUUGCAUCAAGCUUGGCCUAUUCCAAGAGCCUUAAAAAACUUCCAGCAGCAGAGUGGUCUGGAACCACUGUAAAGGAAGACAAGAAGGACCAGAUGACAUCAAGCAAAGGCUUGACCUCCAUUACCAGAGCCAAGUCCAUGGGUUUUCUCGUUCAGGUAGGGCAGGAGGAAGAAGAAAAGGAGAAAGCCAAACCAGAGGCAGCAGUGCCACUGCGACCCAAGCCCAGAGGCUCCAGGCCCAGACCUGUAUCAGCCAUUUUCCUUGACAGUCCAACCAAGACAGAGUCACCAGUUCCUGCCCCUCGCUGGGCUGGGAGACGGCCACUUUCAGCUGAUCUCACAUCCAAGUUUGAGUCUAUAGGUCUUUCACUGCACCGUAAAACUCCCAAGGCAAAUACUAAGGAGAACACUCCAGAGGAGAAGGCACUGCCACAGAAAAGAGAGCAGGAGAAAAGCCCUAAGAGUACCACACCCCAAAGUAAUGAUGGUGUAGCUAAGCCUGAUGUUUCAGACCAAAGCAAGACAGAAGAAAUGACUGUGAAAGAGACUGAUGAGGAUAAGCUUGCGAUUACCAUCAAGUCUCGAAUCAGUCUCCUCCUCGAUUCAUCCUCUUCUCCUGAGGCAGGUGCCACAGGCCAAGGGUCAGAUGUUCACUCUCCAGUGCAGCCAGUUCCUGAAAUCGAACCACCAGUGGGUGUUAAACAGCUCAUUAAGCAGCUGACAGAAGACACAACACCAACUCAGAGCCCUGUUGUGAAACCACCACUGAAGCCCCGCCCCUUGCCCCUUGACCUGACUAAAAGGUUUUCAUCUGAGAGGUUGCCAGACCUUGGCAGUGUUUCCCUCAGUCCCUCAGCAGACCGCCAUGAGAUCAGCAGAGAUCCUCAGUGGAGGAUUGAAGAGUCAGCUUUCACCACCAGUGACCAGAGGACAUUUGUGGAUUUAAAAGAUCCCCAAAAGCAGCUCACAAAAGCCUCCACACCUGAAGGGCCUGAGGCGGGACAGACAUUUGGUGCCACUUCCAAGGAAAGUGGUCUGAGCAGUGACAUACAGACAGUGAGAGCAUCCUUGUUUGAAAAUGUUGUGGAGAGGCACAGUGUGCUGAUGGUGGACGAGGGCAAGCCUGUAAACAAGGCCAAGGAUUCGCUCAGCAGCCCAUCAUUUAAGGGAGGAAGUAGUGAGGAUGAGGGAACUCUGGUCACUGCCACCUACAAAGACCCCGUGUCUCCAUCAAGUCCUCUGCGGGUGUUACAUGCCUUUGACACUGUGCAGGCAGUGGAAGAGAGCAGGGCAGUGAGUGAGAACAUCCCAUCAGCUCAGUGGGAGGAUAAGGCCAUGACGCUACGCUCCAGGCGCUCAGAAGGGAGCAGGCCAGUGGCAGAGAGGACUGGUUCAGCACAAGGUGAACCAGCUUUGGCUGUGAUGCUAGAACAGCAGCCACGAUAUCUGAGAGUCGGAGCUUUGCAGAAGUGGACAACUAAAGGUCUCAAACAAGAAGCAAGUAUGGAGAAAGAGGUGCUAAAGGAAUCACAAAGGGAAGGACAAGUGGCUUUGGAUAAAGACAGAGACAGGCAGAGAGAGGCAGAACAGGAGGAAGUGGCUGCAGCCCCUAAACGUUUGAAAAUGCUGCAGGCAGAAGAACAGCCAAAACCUAGGGCAACCUACUUUGCUUUGACUGGACAAAUGCAGGAGCCACUUUCUCCUGUAGACGCAGGAACAAGCAUAGGGGACAUGACUGUGCCCUUUAAUGAUUUCUCUGUGAGGUCUGCGCUGGGCAGCUCUCAAGGGAAGAUUCUUCCAAUAAGGAGGAAUCCAUCAUUAGAUGAAGCUUUUGGAAAAACCUCUCAAGAUCAAGUUGAGGAGUUGAUGAUGAGGAGCCACAUGUCACAUGGGGAGAUCAGAGCGGUGCUGGAUGGACAGACGACAGAAGAAAUGAUGGAAGUUGAAAAGAAAAGAGAACUAAAAAAGGAGACAGAAAGACACAUGGCAAAAAUGAAAGAGCUUGAGAGGGAAAAACAGAGACAGCUGGAAAUGGAGAAAGAAGCACAUUUAGAAUUUGCACGAAUGAAGGAGCGGGAGAUGCAAAGAGAAUUUGAAAGGCAAAGACAGAAAGCCUUUGAGAAGGAGAAACAACUUGCACUGGAAAGGCAGAAACAAAUAGAGCUUGAAAAACAGAAACUGCAAGAAUUGGAGAGAGAAAGGCAACGACAACUUGAGAAAGAAAAACAACGAGAAUUGGAGAGACAGAGAAAGAUUGAAAGAGAGAAACUGCAAGAGCAGGAAAGGGAGAGACAGCGUGAACAGGAGAGGCAAAGACAAAGGGAGGAAGAGAGGCAGAGAGAGCUGGACAAGGAAAGACAGCUGCUGGAAAUCCAAAAGGAGAAACAGAAAAUGGAGGAGCUGGAGAGACAACAGCUUUUAGAGUUUCAAAAACAGAAGCAGAAAGAAAAGGAGAGGCAGCAGCUCAUUGAGCUUGAGAAGCAGAGACUCAGAGAGAAGAUGGAGAGAGAGGAGGCAGAGAAAUUAAAACAGAUGGCAUUAGAGCAGGAAAUGUUAAGAAUGAAAGAGCUUGAUAAAGAAAGGGAGAUGGAGAAGGAGCACCAGAAAGAGAUUGAGAGGGAAAAGCAGAGAGAGCUGGAGAGACAGAGACAAAGAGAUUUAGAAAGGGAGAGACAGAGACAACUAGAUAUUGAACAACAGGAAUUAGAAAACCAGAGGCUGAGACAACGAGAACUGGAGAAGGAAAGGCAGAGGAAGGAGGAGUUAGAAAGAUUUAAAGAGAUGGAGAGACGACAGCUCUUGGAGUUUGAAAAGCAAAAGCAGGCAGAGAGGGACCGACAACAAAUUCUGGAGCUUGAGAAAUGCAGACUGAGGGAGAGGAUGGAAAGGGAGGAAGCAGAGAAAAUGAGACAGAUAGCCAAACAGCAAGAAGCAGAGAGGCAGCGACUAAAAGAAAGGCAGAAGAAAGAGGAACAUGAGAGGCUGUGGUUGGAGUCAUCACCUCUCAGGCCUAAAGUGGUGGAUCUAGACUCUGUUCUCCGAAAUGACCCAUUUUCCAAGUCUACUUCUCAGCGUAGUGACCCUGCAACACGAUGGAAGGAGCCGUCUCUGAGAGCAGAAGAGUCUUACAAACCUGCCAUCCUUGACAGAGACUCUUUCAUAUCUCAAGCUCAGCCCUCCCCCAGUAAAAACUUGUUUCCUUUUUCUGGUAUUCAGGGUGUAGACCCUGGGUUUGGAGCUAGAUUACAGCCUACACCUGAGAGAGAUGUUAGCUGGAAGGUGGCACCACAGACUUCAGUAGGUUUCACAAGCCCAGUAUGGCAAAUGUCUCCUCAGGACCCGUGGGAGCUGCGGCCUGUUGAGAUGUCUGUGGACAAACCUAUGGCUGAACCCAGAAAACACGGCAACAAACUGGAGGAACGACUCCCGGCUCCACAGAGGCACUGGUCUGCUGUGCUGGAUGAGCCACUUCGCUUGGCCCCUUUUCCCGGUACAGAGGCCAAAACUGGAGGCUCUCCAGGUGGAGUCCCCAGCAGCACUACUGCAGAGCAGAUAUGGGUCCCCAGAGAGCCACAACCUCAAGACAGCAGGGGAGAGAUCCAUUGCCACAGGAGAUCACAGGGAUCUCAGGAGCUGAACAGGAUGCGGUCUCGCAGUGUGUCACGGCGAUCAGCCCCUUCAAGUAGUGCUGUGGAGGGAAGCCUUUCCAGGAUGAGGAGUCGAAGCGCCCACAGAGAGCAGGACCGUCACAGCUGGGUGCAGCAGAAGCAAAGUAACAGUGGUGAAGACGGGGGGAGGGACUCAGAAACACUGGUCCGUGAGACUGACAGUCAGUAUGGGACCUGGGAGACAGGACUGCGCACUGAUGACAGCCUCACUCCUGCCACUCCCAGUUCAGAAAGCAAUCUCAGCUCUUCACCAAGAAAGCCCACCCCUCCACAUACGCCAGGUGAUCGUGCCUCACAGUUUGGUACUGACACUCUGGACAGCCUCCCUCUCUCGUCCUCAUCUGAGAGCCAGUCACUCCCUUUCCCUGAUGCCCCGACCACUCUGUUAGACACCAGCGCUCUUCGCUCCAGAGCCCAGCUGGGGAAGAAACGAGCCCCACGGACACGGCCCUCCAAGGCUGCCUGUCAGAGUGCGGCGCUGGCAGAGAGAGAGGGAGGAACCACUGAGGACUGGCUUUACCGAGACUCCACAGAGGCAAAGGUUGAGAGUAAGGACGAUGACUCGGACUCUGAGGAGCAAGCCAGAGGAGCUGACGGCAGCCCUGCUGUCGCCUCUCAGCCACAGAGGAUCGCACUGUUCGGUGGGAUGGACCCUUCAGCUUUAAAGGCCCAUCUGAAGAAGAGGGGCGACUCUGACAAUCAAAUCGAUGGACCUACUCCCUCUCCUUCCCAGCUUUCUCGCUCUCCCAAGUCCCCCUUCCUUCCCAGGGCGGCGCGUGUACUGCCCCCACCUGGUGGGAAAGAAAAUGGUGAGGAGGACUCCCCCCAGUGGUUGAAAGAGCUGAAGUCCAAGAAGCGCUUGAGUCAAUAUGAAAAUGAUAGCUAAGUAAAUAAUGAGGUUGCCUUAACAGAUGAAUCUAUAUGAAACAGAAGCCUUAACGUUCGACCCAGAAAGUAGGAGAGGUGACUCUACAGCUGCUGAUGUAUUUUUUCCAUUUGUUUUUUGUUCUCUUCCUGCCUGGGUUAAUAAAUGUGCAUGGUGCCUUUUUUUUAUGGAGAGUCUCUGUCUUAUGGAAAAAGAAAAACGAGCAAGGAGGAAAAAAACAACAGGCUGCUCUGCUCUAUCCAUUUCAUGCUUGAACCUGUGAACGCUCUUCUGUACCAGGAGGCACUUGACACGGACACUUUAAUAGGGACCAGGAGAAGUGAGGAAAAGGGAGAAAAGGCAAUUAUUGGUAAUUAUUUCCUGUCAGAUCGCAUUUCAGGAAAUGGUUAACUUGUGGGACCACGACGCCUCUUUAUCCCGGUCGUGCUUCAUCACAUGCUGGAGGACAAUCCAGCCAAUCUUCUACAAGAUGUUUGUAUUUAGUUUCCUUACUCUGCUAAUACGUACAAGUUGGCUGUGUCUGCGUCGGACGUAUAUGUGUUAUCAGACAGUGGAGGUUGUUGAUGGGAGCCACACAAGCAUUGCCAUAGGAUAACAUUUCAGACACUAAAGAUUUUCCUUCUUGAACAUAGAGAACAAAUCACUGCUGACUUGAUUGUCAGCGAGAGUGUAUAUCAUGUUAGUAACUGUAAUCAGGAGAUGUUAUAUUUGUAUUAUAGUAUUGAUUUAACAAAGACAGAGAGCUAGUUUUGAAAACAUUAAGGUGCAUCACUACAGUGGAGGCUCCAAAGCCUUUAACUUUGAUACACUCCACAACCCUAACAGUGUCACAGUUGCUGCAUACUGUAUCUUUUUGUCUAAAUAUCUCUGUGGGAGAGGGACGGGGGACUUUUGGCCAAGUGACUUUUGCAUCUGUCAAUCAUGAACACUCCUUACGCACAGAUACACUCUUCCAUCUUUUGUGAAAACACUAAUCAGUCUGUCUUUCCCCAUUUUAAUUGAUUGAAUGAUUGUUGCUGUAAGUUCAUUAUAAGCCAUACUUUCACCUUGUCGCCCUCACGCACACUCCUCAAUCAUGUUUUGACAAUGUCUUUCUCCAGGACUGUGCAAUUUCCCUCUAUUUUGUUCCCAUUGAUGUGCAUGCACAAUCUUCACUGUCAAACCAGGCAUUGAUUAAACUGACUGGCUCAGUGUGUCAGGGUGUUGGCUUACACUACUCCACUGGAGGGAUGGUUUCUUCACUACACUGUUUAAAUAACUCUACCCUCUAUAAUACUCCAAACAUUUGCGCCUGCUUCACAAUUUAACUGUAAUCUUCCUCCUCAUGUUUGCCAUCCACCCACUCACUCUGCUCUUCUAUAAAGCACUUUGUCACUUGAUGCACUACAGCACUGACCUCUGCCCCUCUUGUUGGCCAUGUCUUGUCUCCUGUAUUGUUGAAGAGCUCAUGCAAUGCAAGUGAAUGUGUUGAUAGAGUCCCCCGAUCGUCCCUGGUUUCUAUGUACAUGACGUUUUACUUUGUCAUAAAAUUUGAGGGUUUAUUUUUUAUGUCCUUCUUUGUCCUUUUUUUAUUUGAAAGUAAAGAUGUAUAUUGCACUGUGUUGUACUGGCCAGUGUCCUAAAGUGAAUACAUUCUUAAUAAAAUGUACUUGACUUGA